UCAUCACGUGCACAGUUGGCGCCUAUUUCUUUCCCUCCUCCUCUCAAAUCAAUUGAUCUCCACUGUUAGGGUUCUCAGUUAUUGAAUUUCACAUUUUACUAUGAGACGGAAAUUCAAAUCCGGGGCUGAACAUCCAGUUACAAUCGGAACCGGAGAGACAACACGGAAUCAGGGAUCCGACAAGCCAUUUGAAAUGAGGAAGGCAAAGAAAGUGAGAUUUAUUGAUACUAAAAUGGAUGGUGUGGGUGUCCCUGCUUGUGCUACAUCUUCGGGAGGACAUGAAGCAACACGGUCUCCAAGAUCUGACGCUCCCAAGACUUCAGAAUAUGCCUAUUUUGUGAAAGUAAAGAAUGAUGCUGCUCAUGCUCGUUGUCAUUCACUGCACAAAAAGAAGAAACAGUUGAACAGUUCAACAACUAAUUAUGUUAGUAGAGAGACUAUUAAUCCUUCUGACGUGCUUAGACGCAGCAUGAAGGACCUCAGGUCCUCAGUUUCAGGAGAAAUGGCAGGACCAUCUGACCCUUUCCUUUCACCUCAUGGUGAUGAAUAUGAUGAACCAGAUCAGAUAAUAAGUAAAGAGCCAACAAACAAAACUAAAAAGAGGCCACAGUUGAUUUCUGAGAUUGUUUCACCUGUUAGGCAAAAUCCAUUGUCAUCACUGCUUAAUGAAGCAUCCAGGGACUCAGAUGCCUUUCUGAGUCCUCUCUUAUACUGUAGUGGUGAUUUGCCAUGUCCAGAGAAUCAAUGCAAUGAGAAAGAAAUCUUUCCGGCUAAGAGACACAGAUUUUGCGAGAGGGUUGCUCAUAUCUCAUCUUUUGGGGCUGAGAAGCUCCAUCCUAGGGGGUUUGAUUUGGUUUCUUCGCACCUAACCCGGCUGCUCCCUCAUGGCAAUGAGAAUAAUGAUCCCAGAGGAGAUACUGAUAACAGUAGUAAAACCCUCACCUUUCAGGAGUCCGGUUAUCUGGAUAAGGGACUGCAUCUGUCUCAUGAAAGAGAUUGGGAUAUGGAUCUCCCAAAACUUGGUUCUGGUGAAUCGAGUGAGAUUGUACUCUCGGAUCGGGAUACCUUUGCUUCUGGAUUCCCUUUUCCCAAAUAUGCUGCGGAGAGUCAUGUUCAAGAUGAACUGAUGGAUCUUGACCAAUGUUCAAGGAAUAGUAUAGACAGAAGUUCCCUGCAUGAUUGUUCUUUCUGCACACACUACAGAUCUGGUCUUUUUCAUUUCAAAGACCUAGAUGAAUUUGGUUCUAUAGUUGAACAUGCAAGAGAACCUCAUGGACUCUCACCGGAAUGGGACGUUGAAUGGAGGAAACAUUGGGCAGACUCAUCCAGUACUAUUCAUGAUACUGCCAAGAAUGUCUGUCCUGGACUGGCCACUACUUGGAAUGUUAAUCAACAGCCAAUUGUGGAUAAACUGCUAGAUGCCAAAGGAUUGUGUUCGUCGCCCUUAAUUUCAAAUUAUUAUCUAGAAUUUGGAUUUCCUUUUCCCAGUUAUGGUACAGAGAAUCAUGUUCAAGAUGAAUUUAUGGAUCCCAACAAACAUUCAAGGAGUGGUAUAGGCAGAAGUUCCCAAACACGGCAUGGUUUUUCUUUUUUCACGCCAUUUGAAGCAUAUAGAUCUGCUUUUCUUCAUUUCCGUGAACUGGAUGAAUUUGGUUCUAUAGUUGAGCAUGCGAGAGAGGAACCUCGUGGACUCUUGCUGGAAUGGGAAAAAGACAGAGCAGUUUCAUCCAUUACUAAUCAUGACACUGCCAAGAAUGUGUGUCAUGGGUUGGCCACUGCCUGGAAUGUUAAGCAACAGCAAAGUGUGGAUGAUGUGCUAGAUGCCAAAGGAUUGUGUUCGUCACCCAUACUUUCAAACUAUUAUCAAUUUGGAUUUCCUUUUCCCAAUUAUGAUAUGGAGCGUCAUGUUCAAGAUGAUUUUUUUAUGGAUCUUGACCAACGUUCAAAGAGUUCUAUAGGCAGAAGUUCCCAAACACAGCAUGAUUUUCCUUUCUUCACACCAUUUGAAGGAUACAGAUCUGGUUUUUUUCAUUUCAAAGACCUGGAUGAAUUUGGUACUAUAGUUGAAUGUGCAAGAGAAGAACCUCGUGGUCUCUUGCUGGAAUGGGACUUUGAAUCGGGGAAAAGUAAAGUAGACUCAUCCAUUAUCAAUCAUGACACGGCCAAGAAGGUGUCUCCUGGACUGGCCACUACUUGGAAUGUUAACCCACAGCAAAUUGUGGAUAAUGUGCUGGAUGCCAAAGGAUUGUGCUCAUCACCCUUACUUCCAAACUAUUAUCUAGAAUUCGAUUCAUUGCCAAAUUAUGGUUCAACAAGCUGCAUGAUGCAGAAUUUUGCACUAGAGUUUGAUGGCAUGAAGUGUGCAAUGGCAGAAUCAGGACAGUUUCCUCUUGCUUUACCCUGUAAUCAAGAAUGUACCACAGCGUCCGAGGAUAAAAAUGCUGAUCGUAGACUUUAUAAUAGCAAUAUUAUCUUCUCUUACAGAGACCAAGAUUGGCUUAAUAACAAGGUUUGGGAUGGCAAGCCUGAAAGUGAAUUUUGGUGGAAGCGGUCAUCAGCUGCAGAUUUAUCUGCAGAAGAUCUUCCUCCCAUUGCUCAUGAUUGGCGGUUUCCUCAAAACAAGAAGAGUUUGUAUUCCUUUCCAGAACUGGAGGAAGCUCCCGGAGAAGCCUUUCUUCCUUCCUCUGAAGGUACAUUUAACCAUCAUUUUCUGUCCAGUAAUCUUCAAUCCUCUCUAGGUACUUCCAUAAACCGCCCUUUGUUACUCAACCAUGCUAGCCAGGAUAUGUCUGGACAAGAAUUAUAUUUUGAUGAUGAUAAUAACAAAUUGGUAUACAGAUAAAUACUACAGGAGUCUAUCCUUAGAUCUCUUACUAAGAUCCAUAGCUAUGAUGAUUAAGAUGCGUCUUUCUGUUUUGGGAACUUUUAAUGCUAUGAAAUCUAGAGGUGUGAUCUUAUUCAUGAGACCCUUUGCUUAGAGUUCCAUGUCUUUGUUCUUUAUAUAGCAUAAAAAUGUCAUUCAUGUUUACAUAAAGGGUGAAGACCAUAUCAUUUAAAAGUUUAAAAUUUCAGUAGGGUCACAAAUUGUUGGAUUAUAUAUGAUAAUACCAUCAUCUUAUUCCAUCUCACAGUUUUAUUUCACCCAUAAGACAGUUUAUAAACCCACUCAAAAUAGGUACUUAACUAGAUAUCACAUAAUUUCUCUCAUUCAUAUAACUCUUGAUUCCUGAUUCAUGAUACCUCCCGCUGCUACAACCUUUCAUCCAAACCAACUGAAUUAGCAUCACGCUCUCUCUGUUUGAUUUACUAAUUAGUAUCAGCCUCAAGUGGACGGAAAUGCUUUUUCAGAGCUCCAUAAAUAUGUCCAUAGAGUUGAAACCUUCUCAAAUUAAGCUGAUGUUUGGCCUACUAGUUUUUGGACUCUGGCUAGUACUUUUCUUGAUCUUUCGAGAUGGUAUUUGAUUUGGAUUUGACUCUUUUGGAUGUCUCCAGUAUAUCCAGACUGCUAGUUCGGUGAGCAUUAAAUUUGA